ACACCUAGGGCGUCGCGGAGCGACCCGGGCUUGGCGCGGGCGGAGCCGCCCUAAGGGCCGCGCGUGUCCCCGGCCUCGGCCCCGCCCCGUCCCGUCCAAUGAGAGCCCGCGGCCGAAGGGGCUGUCCGCACACUAGGCCCGCAGCUGCCUUCAGCGCCGCAGACCCCCUGACACCGCACCCGGUCCUCAGGCAGCGCGCCCCAGACCCCGGGUUCGGCACGCCGUCGUCGGCUUCCGGACAUCGCAACUUGCGCCCCUCUCGGGGAUCCUGCUCCCGGGCUCUGGACCCCAGGUGAUCCUAGGUCCCCAGCCGCCGGCGAACACCAUGGCCCCCCAGGGGGGUGAGGUAGGAGCAGCCUGAGUACCCCCAGAAGGUGCCCCGUCCACGCCCCUCCGGGCUGCGCGGCGGGAGUCUUCGGGGAGCUAUGCUGAGACCGGGUGGUGCGGAGGAAGCUGCGCAGCUCCCGCUUCGGCGCGCCAGCGCCCCGGUCCCUGUGCCGUCGCCCGCGGCCCCCGACGGCUCCCGGGCUUCGGCCCGCCUAGGUCUUGCCUGCCUUCUGCUCCUGCUGCUGCUGACACUGCCGGCCCGCGUAGACACGUCCUGGUGGUACAUUGGGGCACUGGGGGCACGAGUGAUCUGUGACAAUAUCCCUGGUUUGGUGAGCCGGCAGCGGCAGCUGUGCCAGCGUUACCCAGACAUCAUGCGUUCAGUGGGCGAGGGUGCCCGAGAAUGGAUCCGAGAGUGUCAGCACCAAUUCCGCCACCACCGCUGGAACUGUACCACCCUGGACCGGGACCACACCGUCUUUGGCCGUGUCAUGCUCAGAAGUAGCCGAGAGGCAGCUUUUGUAUAUGCCAUCUCAUCAGCAGGGGUAGUCCACGCUAUUACUCGUGCCUGUAGCCAGGGUGAACUGAGUGUGUGCAGCUGUGACCCCUACACCCGUGGCCGACACCAUGACCAGCGUGGGGACUUUGACUGGGGUGGCUGCAGUGACAACAUCCACUACGGUGUCCGUUUUGCCAAGGCCUUCGUGGAUGCCAAGGAGAAGAGGCUUAAGGAUGCCCGGGCCCUCAUGAACUUACAUAAUAACCGCUGUGGUCGCACGGCUGUGCGGCGGUUUCUGAAGCUGGAGUGUAAGUGCCAUGGCGUGAGUGGUUCCUGUACUCUGCGCACCUGCUGGCGUGCACUCUCAGAUUUCCGCCGCACAGGUGAUUACCUGCGGCGGCGCUAUGAUGGGGCUGUGCAGGUGAUGGCCACCCAAGAUGGUGCCAACUUCACCGCAGCCCGCCAAGGCUAUCGCCGUGCCACCCGGACUGAUCUUGUCUACUUUGACAACUCUCCAGAUUACUGUGUCUUGGACAAGGCUGCAGGUUCCCUAGGCACUGCAGGCCGUGUCUGCAGCAAGACAUCAAAAGGAACAGACGGUUGUGAAAUCAUGUGCUGUGGCCGAGGGUACGACACAACUCGAGUCACCCGUGUUACCCAGUGUGAGUGCAAAUUCCACUGGUGCUGUGCUGUACGGUGCAAGGAAUGCAGAAAUACUGUGGACGUCCAUACUUGCAAGGCCCCCAAGAAGGCAGAGUGGCUGGACCAGACCUGAACACACAGAUACCUCACUCAUCCCUCCAAUUCAAGCCUCUCAACUCAAAAGCACAAGAUCCUUGCAUGCACACCUUCCUCCACCCUCCACCCUGGGCUGCCUACCGCUUCUAUUUAAGGAUGUAGAGAGUAAUCCAUAGGGACCAUGGUGUCCUGGCUGGUUCCUUAGCCCUGGGAAGGAGUUGUCAGGGGAUAUAAGAAACUGAGCAAGCUCCCUGAUUUCCCGCUCUGGAGAUUUGAAGGGAGAGUAGAAGAGAUAGGGGGUCUUUAGAGUGAAAUGAGUUGCACUAAAGUACGUAGUUGAGGCUCCUUUUUUCUUUCCUUUGCACCAGCUUCCCGAUACUUCUUGGUGUGCAAGAGGAAGGGUACCUAUAGAGAGCUUCUUUUUGUUUCUACCUGGCCAAAGUUAGAUGGGACAAAGAUGAAUGGCAUGUCCCUUCUCUGAAGUCAGUUUGAGCAGAACUACCUGGUACCCCGAAAGAAAAUCUUAGGCUACCACAUUCUAUUAUUGAGAGCCUGAGAUGUUAGCCAUAGUGGACAAGGUUCCAUUCACAUGCUCAUGUGUUUAUAAACUGUGUUUUGUAGAAGAAAAAGAAUCAUAACAAUACAAACACACAUUCAUUCUCUCUUUUUCUCUCUACCACUCUCAACCUGUAUUGGACAGCACUGCCUCUUUUGCUUACUUGCUGCCUGUUCAAACUGAGGUGGAAUGCAGUGGUUCCCAUGCUUAACAAAUCAUUAAAACACCCUAGAACCCUCCUAGGAUAGAUUAAUGUAGUAA